AUGUCGAAUUAUUACGGAAACAACUUUGGAUAUGAUAACGAAUACCAACAACAAUAUCGCCCAAACUACCACGGUGGCAGAGGCGGAGCACAGUGGGGCGUUGGAGGGUUUAACCGCCAUCCACGGCCUAAUCUGGAAGCGCCCGUACGUGGGAAUUUCAGAGGCAGAAACAAUAGUAACAGAGGAGGACCACGCCCUCAGCAGGCUGCUACACCUGCGGCCCCUGAAGUGGCUGAGUUGCCACCUGUACCCGCUCCAAAACAUUUGUCAAAAACUACAUCACCUUUAACCAAUGAUCCUCUUUAUCUUGAAAGUUUUAUGAAUGAGCUCGGGACGGAGAUGAGAAAAGCUCCGAUUAACAACGAAGUCCACCCCGGCCAUUAUGGUUUUGCCCGCAUCGUAGAGGAAGACUUUAAGUCUGUUUGUGCACGUUCUCACACUUACGGAAAGAAUAUCUCUGAAUCGAUGCACAGUUAUUACAUGGGCAUGAUUACCCAUAUAAGGAUGCUUGAAAUCCAUAGGCAGAACGGAAACAUAUUAACUAACGCAGAAUCCGAUUUAUUAAUGCAGUUUAAUUGUGAACCUUAUCCAGUCACCAAGCUCUUUGAGCAAUAUUUAUCCGGUUUUGGGAAUACGUCCAUACCAGGAUCAACGGACUGCGAGUUUGUAUUUAAUAAGCCGCCCAAUGUCGCGGCCAACAAUAUCAUUGGCUUCUUUGGCCCCCUUAAUGCGAAUGCUGUGGAUUAUGGCACAUACGUAUGCCCUGGCGUCUUAGCACAGAGAAUUGUAGAAGACGUUUUUUACUUCCAAUCUAGUCCGGGAUGUUAA